AUGUGGACAGGUGAUGCUUUGUACUCUGCACUGCCGAGCCGUACAGAGUCGACAGGUGGCCUCAACACUGGGGUACAGAAGAGCAAGGAUGGAGUGCCCGUCUGGGGGGGAGAAGCUGUUUGCUUUGAAGAGUUCAUUGAAAUGUGCCUCCUCUACGAGCAGACCGUGGUCAAAGAGAAGCGGUACCUGUGCGGUCCUCGCAUAGCUGCUGAACUUCGUGGACCGGCCCGGAGAGUGUUGAUUGGGAAGCCAGCCAACUGGCUGUCUCAUGACGGUGGGGUGCGUGUCUUGGUUGCUGCCCUUCGCGCCGAACGAGGACAACCCAAAGUGCCCGAGAUGUCCGAGCUUUUGCUGAAGUACUUCCGUGGAACGAAGAGACAACGGGGCGAACCCAUGGGAGAUUUCAUUCUGCGAAAGGCUGAGGCCUACACUCGAGCCCAACAGUCAAUGGCACGAUACCAGCGAGACCAUGGCAUGGCAUCGACCUCAACGUGGCCGGCAUCGUCAACUGCAGGACGCCAUCCAAGCUCUCACACCCGCAGUGAGCCAGGGGGAGAGAGUCAGCAGGGGCCUCAUGAGGUCUCGUCUGGACAAGGAGACUCAGAGUUCCAAGAUCCCAUCGAAGAGUGGGACACCCACUACAAUGGUUGGCAGGGCUACUAUGACUGGUCCUGGUAUGACUCCUACGGGCAGUCGUGGUCAAGGGAUGAUCGCCAGGAUACCAGCGAAUGGAGCCGCCAUCAGCUUCCGGAGAUUCUGCCAGACUUUAUCCAGGGUUGGUACUUGUUCAUGGACUCCGGCCUGGAUGUGAUGGAACGAAAUGUUCUCCAUGCGGAACUUCGUGGAGAGUUUGGAGUUCGAGUCGUGGAGGAGGUCCUCCGCAAGCAUUGGUCGGACAGUGACAUCCGGAAGCGAGACGCGGAAAAGGGGCGAUUCCUUGCCAACUACUCAGGUCCCGAUGAUCUGGAAGAGGAGUGGGGCCACAUGGGGGAAUGUGAUCCCAUGAGCUUGGAGGCUGAGGGUUUCUCCGUGGACGAGAUUGAGGCCAUGGUAGCUGAAGAAGAAAGAGCCAGAAGUGCCAUGACGGCCAUUCAGGACAACCGCCGCACCUUGAGAGAUGCGAGGGCACGGCAACAUGCCGUGAAGAUGUCGCGGCAGUUCUAUGGCCGACCAGCUGCUUCUGGUGGAAGGGAUGACGGCAAUCGUGCUCGGGCUCCAAUGAAGUGCUUCCGAUGUGGUGGUCCGCACAGGAUCGCUGAGUGCAAGGAGAAGCCCAAGCCGCCUUCGCAGGGUCACAUGGCGGAGGAAGCUGCUCCGUUCGUCUUCUGGAACGAGCACGUGGCAGGCAUGGCUGGGGCCUGCGACAUGUCAACAGAAUCAUCCCAAAGUUUUAUAUCCACCACCCAAGCCGUUGCUGAAGGCAAGGCGGUGUUGGACGGCGGUAUGAGCUUGGCAGAGCUACGACAGCGCCUGUCCCAGCACGGCGAAGAGGCGCCGAAGGGUUGGACGAAGGCGCAGCUGAAGCUUCGUCUGAUCGAGAUCGAAGGAGAAGAGGCCAUGCUCCCUCAGGCCAAGGAAGUGUCACCGCUUCGGCAGAUGGAGGUGAACACCAACAAGGCAGCUCGCCGCAAGGCGGACCUGCAGAAGUUUGUGAAGGAAGAGAUGGGAGUGGAUAUCACGGGCAUGGAGAUGACAGUGGAGAUCCUCAAGAUGAAGGCCUUGAAUCGGGCGUACAACAGCAUUCCCGGCCAUGCGGAGGACCCCGUGGGAUUUGGACAGUGGUGCCACUUGAAGUACAAGGAGGUGAAAUCCCAGCAACCGGAAUACUGCCAGUGGGUGCUGACAACCUCGUCCGAGGGCCCAUGCAGUCCACGACUUCGUCGCCUGGCCACAUGGCUGAAGUCAGUGGGACACAUCGAGACUCCACCCAUGCCGGAGAAGAAGGGCACCAAGACGAAGACAUCGGGCUACCAGCCCGGAGCAGCGUCGAGCAGCCCUCAGUCGGGAUCGGCAUCGAGUGCACCUCUGACACCAGAGCAGGGCGAGGAGGUCAAGGCAAUGCUUCAGAAUUUGAUGGUGACGGUGAAGAACCUGUCAGACGACAUGGUACAGGUGAAGCAGAGCUCGAAGGAAGCCAAGCGCCGCACUCGUCAUGCCGAGGACGUCACUUCUACGAGCGAAUGGGACCAAGUGUCGGAGCUGCAGUAG